GAGCAGCAGCAGCUUCUCACUGUCCAGCAUCCAGCUGCAAUUUGGAAGUCGCCUGUCUCUGCAACAAGAAUGUUUCGAAAGGCACACAGCCACUAUGGUGGCAGUAUGGGACCCCGAAUUUCUAGUUCAGUAUCUACUCGACUCUCCAGCGGCCUUAUAUCUGGUGGCGGCAGCGGAUAUGCAAGCAGUAACGUAGGAGGUGGAUAUGGUAGUGGUGGUGGUGGUGGAUUUGGUGGUGGUGGUUUGGCCCUUGGAUUUGGAAGUGGCUUUGGAGCUGGAGGUAGCUUUGGAGCUGCAGGUGGCUUUGGAGGUGGAGGUGGGUUUGGAUAUGGAGGUGGCUUUGGAGCUGGAGGUGGAGAUGCAGCAGUCACUGGCGAUGGAAAAGCCACAAUGCAAAACCUCAAUGAUCGUUUGGCUACCUACUUGGACAAAGUGCGCUCCCUAGAAGCUGCUAAUCAUGAGCUGGAACAGAAGAUCAGAGAAUGGCACAGCUCCUCCACUACUGCUGGUGGGAUUCAGGGCAAGGAUUAUUCUCCAUAUUUCAAUACCAUCGCUGAGCUGCGAGACAAGAUCUUUGCUGCUAGUUUGGACAACUCCAGGAUCAUCUUGCAAAUUGACAAUGCUAAGCUUGCAGCUGAUGACUUCCGAGUCAAGUAUGAGAAUGAGCUGGCUAUGAGGCAAUCUGUAGAGGCAGACAUCGCUGGCCUCCGCAGACUUCUUGAUGAAAUGACCAUGGCCAGAGCUGACCUGGAGAUGCAGAUUGAAGGUCUGAAGGAGGAGCUCAUUUACCUCAAGAAAAAUCAUGAGGAGGAAAUGCAGUCUCUGCGCAACUCAGUGUCUGGCUCUGUCAACGUGGAGGUGGAUGCUGCUCCACAGGAAGACAUGGCCAGGGUGCUAGAGGAGAUGCGGGCACAGUAUGAAGCCAUCGUCGCGAAGAACCAACGUGACAUGGAGAACUGGUACAAGAACAAGUUUGAUGAAUUGGACAAGCAGGUAUCCACCAAUACUGAAGCCCUUCAGUCAUCAAAGACAGAGAUCAGUGACCUGAAGAAGACUGUCCAGGGUCUAGAGCUUGAACUGCAAGCACUUCUUACCACGAAAGCAGCUCUUGAAAAUUCUUUGGCUGAGACUGAAGCCAGGUAUAGCACACAGCUCCUCCAACUACAAGAUGUAAUCAACAGACUGGAAGGUGAACUGAUGGAUGUCAGGCAGAGCAUGGAGCGCCAGAGCAAUGACUACCAGAUGCUACUGGAUGUGAAGACCAGACUGGAGAUGGAGAUUGCAGAGUACCGGCGACUGCUGGAAGGAGAGGACGUGGGAAGAGGCUCAAAGGGAGGAUUGGGAGGAGCAGGAAGUGGUUUUGGAGCAGGAGGUGGUUUUGGAGCAGGAGGUGGCAUUGGAGCAGGAAGUGGCAUUGGAGCAGGAAGUGGCUUUGGAACAAAGGGUGGCAUUGGAGCAGGAAGUGGCUUUGGAGCAGGAGGAGCAGGAGCAGGUGGCUCUGCAUCAGCGAGCUCGUCAGUCAGCAAAUCUUCAACUACCACGGUGACUAAAGUAGAGACCACCAAACAAGAACCACAAAAGCCCAAAGAACCUGUCCGCACCAGGAAAGUGAAGAGAAUGGUGGAAGACAUUGUGGAUGGGAAGGUGGUCAGUGUCCAUGAGGAAGAGUUUGAAGAGCCAGUGCGCUAAAUGGGCUUCCUGACGGAUCAGUUCUAAUGCUAGAGAAUGGGGCAGAGAUAAAAAAAAAACCAAACAUUUGUACUCUUGUGUCAUUGCAAACAAUGUAUUUUAAGUGAAUUUGAUAGAGCUGAUCCAUUAAAUAAAGAAACUCCUCAAA